GUGACCAGCCCCGUGACACAAACAGGCAGGAGGGAAGUCAACGGUAGUUCGCAGCGCCUUGAUUGCCCAGCGCCGCUCAGCGCUCACACUGCCUGAUAGCGGCGCCCUGUCUAGCUGACACACUGACACGCCGCUCCCGGCCGCAUGACUCGGGGCAGACAGGCGCCCAUAGCCAGUAAAGGCAUGUAACAAGCACAAAGUGCGCGCAGCAGCCGCAGGUGUAUAGCGGUAACCGCACGCUGACCCUCUCCCGGCCGCACUCUCCAGUCUCUAGCACACAGAGCCCGUCCGUCUCCUCGCACCGGCACUUCCUGCCUAGCGGCCAGCAUGUUGGAGUCUGUGGUAGCAGAUCUCCUGAACAGGUUCCUGGGGGAUUACGUGGAGAACCUGGACAGGUCCCAGUUGAAGCUGGGCAUCUGGGGGGGAAAUGUUUCACUGGAGAACUUAAGAAUACGAGAAAAUGCCUUGAGUGAACUUGAUGUACCCUUUAAAGUAAAAGCUGGACAGAUUGAUAAUCUAACCCUAAAAAUACCCUGGAAAAAUUUGUACGGUGAAGCAGUGGUUGCCACACUUGAGGGUUUAUAUCUGUUGGUGGUUCCAGGAGCAAGCAUAAAAUAUGAUGCAGAGAAAGAGGAAAGAAAUCUUCAAGAGGCAAAGCAACGAGAGCUACAGCGGAUUGAUGAAGCCAUGCAGAAAGCUGCUGAAAAAGAAGAUCUUGGAGACUGCUACAACUUGCAGAGCUUUGUGUAUAGUAAUGCAAAGUCUGGACCAAAACGUAAAAAGCACAAACAUUUUAAAAAGUGUUUUAAGGUUCAUGAUACUAAAAAAGACAAACCAAAGGAGGAGAAAAAAGACACGUUCCUGGAAAAACUAGCUGCACAGGUUAUCAAGAAUCUGCAGGUCAAAAUCACAAACAUACACAUCCGAUAUGAGGAUGAAAUUACUGAUGUUGAUGUACCAGUAUCUGUAGGAGUCACUCUCGCUGAGCUGAGUCUUCAGACUUCCAAUGAGUCCUGGAUGCCAUGCAUACUAAAUGAAGCUGCUAAAAUAAUUUACAAGCUUGUCCGUCUGGAUAGUUUUAGCACGUAUUGGAAUGUAAACAGCAAAAUGUAUUGCCAUCAGUCCCGUGAGAAGAUUCUGGCUGAUUUGAAAACAGGAGUUUUGUCAAGUAGCAGACAAAGCAUAGACUUCCAGCAUGUCUUCAAGCCAGUAUCUGCUUCAGCAAAGCUUUACAUCAAUCCAAAUGCAGAGCUAGAGUUGAACACACCAAAGUUAGAUUGGGACAUGGAAGUUCAGCAUAUCGCAAUAGAACUGACCAAAUCCCAGUACCUGAGCAUGAUUGAGUUGCUGGAGUCCGUGGAUUACAUGGUUAGGAAUGCACCAUACCGGAAGUACAAACCACUUGUAGCACUGAAAGACGACUGCAGCAUGUGGUGGAAGUAUGCCAUUACUAGCAUCUUGGAAGUCCAUGUGAGAAGAGCAACACGUUCAUGGUCUUGGAGCAACAUAGCACAACACAGGGCAAACCUAAAAGCCUACAAGAAUGCAUAUAAGAUCAAACUCACCCAGACAAAGGUUCCUGAGGAAACCUUGAAGCAGUUGCAGGCCAUGGAAAAACAGCUUGAUGUAUUUAAUAUUGUCCUAGCCAGACAGCAAGCUCAAGCAGAGGUUGUAAGGUCAGGCCAAAAGCUGUUGGCUAAAAAGUCCUCACAGAGUGGAGAGAAGAAAAGUGGAGGCUGGUUUGGAGGGUUCUGGGGAAAGAAAGAAGCCUCUAAGAAGGAAGACACUGAUGAGCUUUCAGUUCCUGAAAAAAUUGAUGACCUCAUGACCCCAGAAGAAAAGAAGAAGCUGUUUACUGCUAUCGGUUACAGCGAAAGCUCUCACAACCUCAGUUUGCCUAAAACAUACGUUGCUAACAUUCUGAGUUUCAAGCUUGUUAGCACAUCUAUAACCAUCAGAGAAAAUGUCACAGCAUCAGAGACAUUGAAAGUUCAGAUAAUUGAUCUUAGCACUAAAGUCUUCCAGAGACCUGGAGCGCAGGCUAUUAAAGUUGAAGCCAAGUUGGACCACUGGUAUGUAACAGGUCUCAAGCAGCAAAAUAUGGUUCCAUCUCUUGUAAGCACUAUUGGUUCUAGCGAGUCGUCAUCACUCUUGAAAAUCCUUUUUGAGAUUAAUCCUGAAGACAGCACUGCUGAUCAGCUCCUGUUAGUGCAGUCCCAGCCUGUGGAGAUUAUUUAUGAUGCUGUUACCAUCAAUGCUCUUGCAGAAUUUUUCCAAACACGUAAAGGAAUGGAUUUAGAACAGUUAACAUCUGCUACACUGAUGAAACUGGAAGAGAUCAAAGAAAGGACAGCUGCAGGACUUUCUCAUAUGAUUGAAACUCGGAAAGCUCUUGAUUUAAGGAUAAAUCUCCAGCCAUCAUACUUGUUGCUUCCAAAGUCUGGCUUCUAUCACAGCAAGACUGACCUCAUCAUUGUGGACUUUGGUAGCUUUCAGCUCAACAGCAUUAAUCAAGGUUUUCACCAAACUGCUGGAUCUUCAUCCCUGGAGGAACUAAUGGAUAAGGCUUACGAUAAGUUUCAUGUUCAAAUCAAAAAAGUACAGAUGCUGUUUGGAAGGCCAGGAGAAGACUGGAAGAUGGCACGAGGCAUGAACUCUUCCUCUCUUCACAUCUUGCAGCCUCUUGAUAUUGAGGUGCAACUGGAGAAGGCUAUGGUUGAACGAGACAGCCGAAUGCCUAGGUUUAAGGUGUCUGGUGAGUUGCCAUUAUUGCGUAUGAAGAUCUCGGACCGUAAAAUACAAGGUGUCUUUGAACUUGUUAAUAGCAUUCCCCUGCCUGAACACCAUCCCAGCACCCCAACAACUAAGGAAAAAAGGAUUCAUACCAGUCAUAUUUUAACUGAAAGGCCUGAGAAAAUCCUUAAACAAGAUUUUGGAAAGUCACUACUUUUGGAGGCAGAGUCUUCUGAUUCAGAUGAAGAGUUCUUUGACACACGAGAUGAUGCAUUAUCAGUUGUGAAAACUAAACCCAUCCAGAAAGAAACUUCAGUGAAAGAUGAAGCUGGGUCCACAGCAGAAACCAACAUUGAGGAACUGACUGAUCUUCAGCUGAAGUUUGAAGUAAAAGAAGUUACAUUAGAAUUGACCAGACAACAGGAGAAGCAGGAGAAUACCGUCCUGGUAUUCCGUAUACAGCAACUGGGAACUGAAGCUUGUGUUAAGACAUAUGAUCUCAGAGCUGUAUCGUACUUGAAGAAGAUUACUCUAGACUACUAUGAUAUUCAAGGUUUCAGCAAACAGCCUCUUCAUUUAAUCAACUCUUCAGAUGAAAACGGACUGGACCUUUUAAAAGUGGAAUAUCUUAAGGCUAACAAACUUGGUCCUAAUUUUCAAACCACUUUUGAGAACACAGAACAAACACUUAAGGUGGCCUUUUCAUCCAUGGAUCUCCUUCUACACUCUCAAGCACUGCUGUCUGCUAUCAGCUUCAUUACAGAAGCCAUGCCCAGUAUUGCUGAUAAGACCGAGUCAGCCUCUGCACAGAAGCAGAAGGAUAAAGAGAAUUUUGUUAAGAAAGCAACAAAAGUUUCCAAACAGAAGGAUUUGGUUGCCCUCAAACUGUUUGCUAAGCUGGAUUCAUUCAGCAUAAAUGUGUGGGAUGAGAGCAGUCAUAUUGCUGAAAUCAAGAUACAAGGCCUAGAUACCUCAGUUUUCCUGGAAUCCAGCCAGAUAGAAGUAUUUGCCAGGUUGAAAGAUAUUAUUGUCAAUAAUGUCAACCCAAAAACAAUUCAUAAAAAGACUGUCUGCAUUAUGGAAGAUGAAGAUGAAGUUUUCAACUUCAGCUUGACCCUCUACCCUGAGGCUACACAAGGAGAUGCCUACAAGGAUGUUUCCAAGGUGGAUGGAAAAGUGUCCCUGAAAGUUGGCUGCAUGAAGAUAGUGUUCCUCCACAAAUUCAUUGCAUCACUUUUGAACUUCAUAAAUAACUUUCAAGUUGCCAAAGAGAAGUUGAGUGCGGCUACAGCACAAGCUGCACAGCGUGCAGCCACAAGCGUAAAGGGCUUGGCAGAGAGGAGUUUUCGACUGUUGAUGGAUAUUCACCUAAAAGCUCCAGUUAUUGUCAUCCCCCAGUCUUCCACAUCCAUUAAUGCCAUAGUGGCAGAUCUGGGAUUGCUAAAAAUACAGAAUACCUUUACUCUUGUGUCCUGCAGUGACCAGCAUAUCCCCCCUGUCAUAGACUGCAUGACAAUAAAUCUGACUCAGUUCAAGUUAUCACGGAUGGUUUUGCACACUACUUUAUCCGACACUGACAUACAAAUUCUCCAUCCUAUUAACCUCUGUUUGUCAGUAAAUCGGAACCUUGCAGCAACCUGGUACCAUGAGAUUCCUGGCUUGGAAGUGAAAGGACAUCUCAACACCAUGGAUGUUUGGUUGAGCCAGGAGGAUUUGAGUGUGCUGUUCAAUGUCUUGGUGGAAAAUCUUGGUGAAGAUAGAGAAGGUGCCAUAGAAACAGUACAAACCCAUGUGCAGAGUGAAAGUAUAAAAUCUAAGCAAGAGGCGUUACAAGCCACUGUGUUUACUAAAACACAGUUUGGUGAAAUCUCAUCAGGACCUGAAACAUCAAAAUCAGCAGAACUAAGUCUUCUGCUUAAUUUUGAAAUUAAAGAGGUUGUGGUCCAGUUGAUGAGGCCGGUGAGAGGAGGUGCUCCCCCUCUCCAUGUUCUUCAGGUGUCACAACUUGGAGCAGAGACGAGGAUUGGGAGCCAUGAGAUGAAAGCAACUUUGUAUCUCCGAAAGAUCAGCAUGACAUGCAAUGAAUUCCCAGGUCCCAGCGGAGGAUCUCUGCUUCUUAUCAGUUCUUCUGAUGACUCCAAUGAACAUCUACUACAAAUGAAAUAUAUAAAGGCUGACCGCAGUGGGCCGGCGUUUAAAACCGUUCACAACAAUACUGUGCAGACUUUGAGUGUUUUCAUGUCUUCACUAGACCUGGUCCUUCACACUCAAGCCUUGCUGUCCUUGAUGAACUUCCUGUCUUCUGCUAUUCCAUCUGGUGAGGCCAGUGUGGCUGAGGUAGCAAAGGAAUCAAAAUCAAGUUUUGAAGAGAAAAGUUUAGACACUAAGCCAGGCGCUGUUGUAUCUGGCUCAACAGAGGAUGAUAUUUUUGACUUGAAACUUUCGGCCACAUUAAAUGCUUUCAAUAUUUUUGUUUGCGAUGAAAUAUGUAACAUUGCUGAUAUUAAGAUCCAAGGUAUGGAUGCCUCUUUUGCUGUGCAGACCAGAAAGAAAGAUCUAUUUGCCCGUCUCAGAGACAUUGUCGUCAUCAAUGUGGAUCCUAAAACUAUUCACCAAAAGACUGUCUACAUCCUGGGAGAAGAGGUGUUCAGCUUACAGAUGACAUUUUACCCAUGUGCCACAGAAGGUGCUUCCUACACCGAUAUGUCUGCAGUAGAUGGCAAGAUCUUGCUCAGGGUUGGCUGUAUCCACAUUGUGUAUUUACAUAAAUUUCUCAUGUCUCUCUUGAAUUUCAUGAGCUCGUUCCAGACAGCUAGAGAGGCUGUAAGCUCAGCAACUGCUCAGGCUGCAGAAAAAGCUGCAUCUAGCAUGAAGGAUCUUGCAGAGAAGAGUUUCCGCCUAUCCAUGGACAUAUCCCUAAAAGCUCCAGUUAUCCACAUACCCCAGUCUUCAGUCUCCACCAAUGUCAUUGUUGCAGAUUUAGGAUUGAUAAGAGUCCAAAAUAACUUUACUUUGGUUCCUGGAGUCGGUUCUCUUCCUCCUGUCAUCGACAAAAUGGACAUCAAUCUGACAGAGCUAAAGUUAUCAAGGACUACACUUCAAAGUGGAUCUCCCCGACCAGAGCUAGAGAUAUUGCAGCCUGUUAAUCUGCUUGUCUCUGUACAGAGAAAUCUUUCUUCAUCUUGGUAUUCUCAGGUACCAGCUAUACAGAUUGCUGGAGACCUUAAACCCAUGCAGGUUGCUUUGAGUCAAGACGACCUUACAGUUCUAAUGAGCAUCCUUUUUGAGAACUUGGCAGAGACUCCAUCCCUCUCAAGGGCAGCUCCAUCAGCCAAAGUGGUUGAGAGAGUUCUAAAAGAGACAAAAGCAUCUGGCCAGAAAACAGACAGAGCCGUUUCAGCAUUAGCAGAAACUUCCAGUGAUGAGACCCCAACUGUUACUAUGAAGUUUGGCUUUAAUUUUGAAUCCCUCUCUAUUGUGCUUUACAACAGCGAUAGAAGUAAGAUGGAUUCUUCCUGGCUGCAUAAUGAAACUAUGCGCCUGGGGGAAAUGACACUGCAUCAUCUGUCUUCCAGUGGGAGUAUGUGUGCAGAUAACUCCAUGGACUUCUCAAUGCAUCUCCAGGCCUGCACUCUUGAUGACCUCCGAGAAGGUUUCACCAGGGCCACUUCCAGAAUGAUUGACAAAAAAGAUACCUCCAGCACACGUAACAUGAUCGAUAUAAACUACAAGCAAUCCGGACUGGAACGCUCAAUCACAGCCAUCUUGGACAAACUGUAUGUUUGUGCCAGUGUGGAGUUCUUGUUGACUGUGGCAGAUUUCUUCAUUCAGGCCAUGCCUCAGAGUCCAACCACAGAUAAAACUGUGCAUAUCCAAUCCAAACACGCUAACCCAAUCAAAGCAAAAGCAGAUAGAGAAGAACUUGCAAAACCUCAGAAAUUGAAUGUGAAAGCAUUGAUUAUGGAUCCUGAGAUAGUAUUUGUGGCUAACUUGACAAAAGCAGAUGCUCCUGCUUUAGCAGUGUCUUUUCAGGGCAAUUGUACCUUUUCUGAUGUGGACUCUGAAAAGAAGAUAACAUCCAUUGUAAAAGAGUUCAAAGUUUUGGCCUGUCCUUUUCUCCGACAGCUAAGAGGAAAUAACAUCACUACGGUAUUGCAGCCCUGCUCACUGCACUUGGAAAGCACAACAGAUGUAAUGGGUAACCAGAAUGCCAGCCUUGUUGUGGAAGAAAUCAUUAUUAAGAUCUCACCCAUCAUUUUAAAUACUGUGCUGACAAUCAUGGCUGCACUGAAGCCAAAACCCAAGGAAGACGAAGCUAAAGAAAAUCUGGUUGAGCACAGAAACAUUUGGGACUUAAAAAGCAUGGACAGCUGCAAUAAUUGGUUCCUUGGAGUGGACACUGCUCAGGAGGCUACAGAAUGUUUUCAUGAUCCAGUUUGCCCUCAGAAGGUGGAAAACUUUAAUCUAGAAGUGAAGACUGUGCAAGUGACUCUCGAGUGUGGGCUUGGUCAUCACACCGUACCACUGCUCUUGGUGGAAUCUACUUUAAUAGGUUCUGUAAAAAACUGGACAUCACUCAUGAAUGUGACUGCUGACACCACAUUGGAGGUACACUACUAUAAUGAAAUUUACGCUGUGUGGGAACCUCUUAUUGAGCGAGUGGACAAUGGAAAGAGACGCUGGAACUUGAAACUUGAGAUGAAGAACAACCCAGUACAAGACAAAAGUCUUCUUCCAGGGGAUGACUUUAUAAUUGUCCCCGAGCCCCAGUCUGCUAUUAACAUCAUCUCUAAGGACACCAUGAACAUUACCAUUUCUAAGUGCACUCUGAGAGUGUUCGGAAAUCUGUCAAAGGCCUUCUCUGAAGGAACUGCUUCUACAUUUGACUAUUCUUUCAAGGACAAAGCCCCUUUAAUCGUCAUAAAUGCACUGGGCGUUCCCUUUAUACUACAGCAUGGUCCAAAUAUGCGACAGUUUGGAUCAUCCGCACAUGACAGUGUUCAUGACGUGAGUCAAGGAGAGUCACUGGAGCUUGAAUUUUGUACUGUGCAGCCUCUGCAUCGGGGCAAAUUGUCUGCACUGCAUCGUCAGGAGAGCAGCCUUUUUACACUUGGCAUAGUGCCACAAGGAUACACAGAGGUGACAAACAUUCCAGUUACUAAGCCAGCCAGACGCCUUUAUAACGUACGGAGUCCACUACAUGACAGUUGUGUUUCCAUUGUUGUGCAGAUUGAUGCUAGUGAGGGGAACAAAGUUCUAUCCAUUAGAUCCCCAUUGCAGAUCAAGAACCAUUUCUCAAUCCCAUUUAUUGUUUACAAGUUUGUGGCAAAUGCAAAGUUACUGGAGGAAAUUGGUGUGUGUAGACCAGAUGAGGAAUUUCAUGUACCCCUGCAUUCUUACAGGUGUCAGUUGUUCCUGAAACCGGCAGGUGUGUUGGUAGGACAGUUUAAAGAGUCCACAACUUACAUUAUGUGGAAAGAAAUGCUACACCGGAGUAGUGAAGUUCGAUGCACACUGCAGUGUCCAGCUACUGAGACCAACUUCCUACCUCUCAUAGUGAAUUGCACAGCCGUGCCUGAUGAAAUCAACUUUAUCACCAGUAAUGGUGAGAAGGAUUGGGAUCCAGCCUACAUUAUCCAUCUCUACCCUCCGUUGACCAUCAAAAAUCUUGUGCCCUACUCUCUGAGAUACCUGCUUGAGGGGACUGCUGAAGCUCACAUGUUGCCAGAAGGAAGCUCUAGUGAUGUUUUGCAUUCACGAAUCAGUGGCGAGAUCAUGGAGCUUGUCCUGAUCAAAUACCAGGGCAGAAACUGGAAUGGCUUUUUCAGGGUCCAUGAGGGUCUCCCUGAAUUUUUCCCUCUUUGUUUCACUGCUGAUACGUCUGAAACUAUGACUGUGGAUCUCUCUGUGCAUGUGGAACGUGUUGGGAAUCGCAUGGUGCUCUCUGUCUUUAGCCCCUACUGGAUUAUCAAUAAAACAUCACGCAUCCUGCAGUACCGUGCUGAAGACAUUCAUGUGAAGCAUCCGUCAGAUUACAGAGAUGUCAUACUUUUCUCCUUCAAGAAAAAGAACAUCUUCAGCAAGAAUAAGAUCCAGCUAUGUAUUUCCACAAGUUCCUGGUCAUCUGGAUUUUCUCUUGAUACAGUGGGAAGUUAUGGCUGUGUGAAGUGUCCCGCUGGUAAACUGGCGUACUUGGUUGGAGUAAACAUUAAAAUGAGCAGCUUUAAUUUGACCAGGAUUGUUACCAUGACUCCUUUCUACACCCUUGUGAACAAAUGUGAGUUGGAGCUUGAGGUGGGGGAAAUCGAAGCCGAUGGCUCUUUGCCAGAUCUCAAGUGGCAGUAUGUCUCAUCUUCUGAGUGUGUACCAUUCUGGCCUGAGAAUGUGUCUGGGAAACUCUGUGUGAGAGUUAUUGGCUGUGAGGGAACAUCUAAACCAUUUUUCUUCAACAAACAAGACAAUGGCACUUUGCUGAUCCUGGAGAAUAUGAAUACUGGACUUAUAGUGGAUGUCAGUAUUUCCGAUCACUCAAUAGUGAUUAAAUUCUCGGAUUAUUAUGAAGGUGCUGCACCUGCACUUAUUAUGAACCAUACACCUCGGGCUACACUGACAUAUUAUCAGAGUGGUGCGGCUAAGGAGAAGGAACUUCGUCCAAAAGAAGCGGGUUUGUUUGCAUGGGAAGAUCCAACAGGAACAAAAAAGCUGACAUGGAUAUGUAAUCAAAACAAGGGCGAGCUUGACUUGUUAAAGGAUGAAAGUGGUCAAUUUGCGUACAACCAGGACACCCAGAUUCACUGGGUGUCAUUCCUUGAUGGGCGUCAGAGAAUCCUGCUUUUCACAGAGGACGUGGCUUUGGUGACUAAAGCACGCCAGUCUGAGGAAAUGGAGCAACCUGAUCAAGAAAUAAACAUAUCAAUCCAUAGCCUUGGACUUUCACUUAUCAACAAUGUGAACAAGCAAGAAAUUUCAUACAUAGGAAUCACAAGUUCAGGCAUCAUCUGGGAGAUGAUGCCGAAACAGAAGUGGAAACCAUUUAACCAGAAACAGAUCCUACAACUAGAACAAGCCUAUCAAAAGUACGUCACUGGAGAGCAGGGCAGAUGGACAAAAAUAGACAACAACUUUGAGAUCAGUUUCAGCUCUAUGGAAAUGCGUUUGCCAUUGAAGUGCAAAAUCAGGAGAACUUUCCUAUCUGGCAUCCACAUAGAUUUCAAGCAGUCUCCGCACCAAAGAAGUUUACGUGCCCAGUUAUACUGGCUACAGGUGGAUAACCAGCUUCCUGGUUCCAUGUUCCCUGCAGUCUUCCAUCCAGUGGCACCUCCAAAAUCAAUUGCUCUGGACUCUGAACCCAAGCCCUUCAUUGAUAUCAGCAUCAUUACCAGAUUUAAUGAAUUCAGCAAAGUCACACAGUUUAAGUACUUCAUGGUUCUGAUCCAGUGUAUGGCUCUAAAGGUUGACCAGGGUUUUCUUAGUGCAGUCAUUGGAUUGUUCACCCCAGCUACCAGUCCUGAGGUUGAGAAACAACGUACCAAGUUAAUCCAGAAAGAUGUAGAUGCCCUGAAUACCGAGCUGAUGGAAUCGUCCAUGACCGAUAUCACUACAUUGAGCUUUUUUGAACACUUUCAUAUAUCUCCUUUGAAGCUACACCUCAGCCUCUCACUGGGAUCAGGAGGGGAAGAGUCAGACCAAGAGGGACAAGAAAUUAUUGGCAUCAGCUCAGUCAACCUUCUCCUAAAAAGUAUCGGAGCCACUCUCACUGAUGUGGAUGAUCUUGUUUUCAAGUUGGCCUGCUUUGAAGUGAAGUAUCAGUUCUACAAACGGGACCAGCUGCUGAAACUGGUUGUUAGACAUUACAGUGAGCAGUUCUUGAAGCAGCUUUAUGUCCUUGUCCUUGGCCUGGAUGUCUUAGGAAACCCCUUUGGUCUGAUUAGAGGGCUAUCAGAAGGCGUAGAGGCCUUUUUCUAUGAGCCCUUCCAGGGAGCAGUGCAGGGUCCGGAGGAGUUUGCAGAGGGCUUGGUCAUUGGUGUGAGGAGUCUGCUGGGACACACAGUUGGAGGGGCAGCUGGAGUGGUGUCUCGUAUCACAGGGUCUGUGGGUAAGGGUUUAGCUGCUAUCACCAUGGAUAAAGAAUAUCAGCAGAAGAGGAGGGAAGAGAUGGGCAGACAGCCUAAGGACUUUGGGGACAGUCUGGCCAAGGGAGGCAAAGGAUUAUUGCAGGGUGUAGUGUCUGGAAUGACUGGCAUAAUAACCAAACCUGUGGAAGGUGCUAAGAAAGAAGGAGCUGCUGGGUUCUUCAAAGGCAUAGGAAAGGGGAUUGUGGGUGCUGUGGCAAGGCCCACAGGUGGAAUCAUUGACAUGGCAAGCAGCACCUUCCAGGGAAUUCAGAGAGUAGCAGAGUCUAUAGAGGAAGUGUGUCCACUUCGCGCCCCUCGUCACAUUCAUGAAGAUGGAAUAAUUAGACCAUACAACCAAAGUGAAGCUGAGGGCUUGAAUUUAUUUGAGCAAAAAUAGGAAUGAAGGGGAGAGUAAAAUACAUUUCUUAUCCUCAUUCUGUGCCUCUCAAUUGCAUUCUGUCAAUGCUUAGGACGGAUUUCAGUUCAUGGACCUCUUGGUGUCUUGCACUUCUUUACUUGUGUCACCUUUCACAUUCACACUGUAUAACCAUACGUCUCUUUUCCCAGAGAUGUCUCUGGUGAUACAUACGUAUUGCAGUAUGUAGGUGCCAUAUGCAGAAUAUACAGAUUAGUGUCUGCUGAGCAUAAGCAGUUACGCAUGACAUGUGCCAUUUGAAUUUAAUGAAAGCUCUUGGAUGAGGGGUAAUUGGCUGAUAAAUGAAUGUGCCUUUUUAUCGUAUUCCAUGAUGAGUUCUUAUUUCCAUUUCUGCAUAUCUGUAUGCCCCUGGAUGACACUGAAGAUCUAAUUUAUGUAGGAUUGCAGUUAUGUUUUGGUUCUUUACUCAUUAUAUUUCCAAGGUAAUGUAAUGUCCUCUCCAUUUUCCUGGACAUUAUCUUUGUAUGGUAAAUUUCACUCAGGAGUAAGAACACACUACACUAGCCUUUGGCAUCACUUAAAUGGCUCAUAAUACACCAAAACACAGUUUUACAAUUACAGGUAAUGAAAAUGUACAGGUCUCUUCAACUACUUUGGUGCAAGUGCAUGUUAAAUAUUGUGAUAAUAAAACAUUUUUUGUUCCACCAUAUAAUAUCCAUAGUUCCCUAUCCUCCAUGAUCUAAUCCAGGGCUGCUUUUUACAUACCACUGUGCCCUGCCCUCUAAUGUCACCUCACUAUGAUCUGGUACCAGUGAUGGAGCUAUCAUGUAUGCCCAUUUUUGUGGAAUAUUUAAUUAACACUUGGGAAGGGCGCUGGGAUAUGUUAUAGAUCUAUAUUUUGACAGCGCUUAGUAAUCAGUGUAAUAUAUUUACAUUAGUUGGCAGGGGGACAAAGGCAAAAGUAGAUUUUGAGAUCCCCCCCAAAAAAAAUGUUUACGUUGAAAUCACCCCAAAAGCAAACACUCCUUAUUACUGUUCUUCUCAUUGUCACAGCUGAUCUCUCAUUGCCACCGUCCAACAUUCCCUGAAGUUUAUUAGGCGCAAAUGUUUUAUACACUUUGUAGUAAUAGAUUCUUUCAGGAGGUGGUUUAUUGUUUCCUAAUAUGUUGUUGUGUGUGUACCAAAUAUACUAAUCUUACUAAUAAUUGGUAGCAGAAAACCCAUUAUGAUUAGUCAUCUCCCAUUCAUCUUUAGUUGAACACCUCUCUAAAUGAAAUAUAGCAAUGAAAGAGGUGUAAAACACUCCGUGACACAUCAUACAUUUGGUGCAUUUAUUACUAAACAUUUCUGUGCAGUAUAUUGUACAGGACUUUGCCGAUGAUAGUAUAAAUAGUGAAUCCGCCACAUACUUAUAGCAUGUAGACCGUGGCCAUGGCUUCACAGCUUCUGCGAACUUGUUAGAAUUUAUGUUAAUGUUUAAGACAGAUAUAUAUGUCUGCUACUUGUAUGUGUGUAAAAUGCCCCCAUGGACAUAUCAUGCCCUAAAAGGUGAAACAAGAAAAUGUCCAUUAUGGUCUAAAUUUUCUGAGUCCAGAUAUCUGUUAAGAGAUCUCACACAUCUCUGCCAGUUCUGGAGCUUCCGGAGCCCACCCCAUGCUGUUAUUGUGAUGCUACAGUAUUUGCAGCCAGAACCAUUAGAAGAUCUCAUUCUGCAUAUCCACAUUCACCAGGACUCUGAAUUCUUGCAAAAUAAUAAAUCUGAUCUGCAGAUUUCCAAUUGUCAGAAAUAUAAGCCUCACGGCUCAUCUGUGCCUUUGCAGUGCAACACUUGGCUAACUCUAACAAAGGUAUUUGCAGGGAUAUAUUAAGCGUUAUAACUGCCUCCCAGUCAUAUAAGCACAAUAAUUUCAUACAACUAAUCAAAGGCACAUUGAGCAAUUUUAAUAACUCGUUUCAAUUUGUUCAAAACUGCUGCAACCACUCAAACACCACCUUCAUUUUUUCUUGUGCAGCAGAAUAUGAAAACAAACAGAUUGAUUGGCAAAUUGCACCAUGUUAUUAAAUAAGCCGCUUUGAGUAGCACAGACAAUAACCGUUUUAUUAUGCCUAGCUAAUUAGCAAUGUUACUUAUUUUUAUUUACUAUAAAGCACAGUGUUUUUACAGAGAAAAUAUUUAAACUUAAACGGAAGUAAGGAUUACAAUAUACAGCAUAUCACUAAAAAAAGAAUAGAUGCUAUGGAGAGCUUUCAAACACGGACAGUAUGGUAAAACAAAACGCUAAACUAAUAUCUGUCUAGGAUGACAGCAACAUAGAAAAUCUUCAUUAAAUUCUGUUUUAAAUUAUAAUUACAAUGAAACUGAUGUAUGAUUAUAUACAGGUAAAUAAAGGACCAAUUCUAAAUGUACAUGACUAAAUAAAAUGUGUGAAAUUGUGUUUACAAUAUACAGUACUUAACUUCACCUGCAAGUGCGUAUAUUCGUUAUUUCUGUUAAAUGUUAAACCAUAAAAUAUACUUCUAUAUCUCUGUACUGUAAUUAUUGUGAUUAUCGUAACUGGCUUUUACAUUAAUAAUGUCCACUUUGUCUUAGGUCUCUAAACUGAGCAAUAAAUAGAG